GCAUUGAUCUGCUGAGUGGACUAAAGAUGGGGGAGCAAGGUGGUUGGCAGGAGGCUAACAGAGGAGACUGGGUGGCCAUCUUGGAUUCCCAGACCCAGACGGGUGCAGCCAAGGGCCCAGGGGACAACAUCACUGAGCAGGCCAGGACCAGAGGUGACAUAGUGGAGGUCAAUGGAUGGGGCAGCGUCCUCAACUCUGGGCUGGGGAACAACACUGUUAACCCCCUAACAGGUGCUGCCUUCAGCCUGCCUUCUAUAGGAUCUAUCAACUGGAACAUGGACCCUGCGAUAACUCAGACACUCCCUGGUCUUCAUCCUCUUCACACUGUCCUAAUGUUAAACCAGACCUCAGACAAUGCCAGUGCCUCAACACUAAAUGGGUACACAAGCCCAUUGACAAAUGACAGUAGUAGCAACGCUAUCAGUAGCUCUGGAGGCAAAAAGAAGCGCUUCCCAUGUUCGUUCUGUGGGAAAGCCUUCAGUUUCCGCAAACAGAUGGAGAUCCACCAGAGGAUGCACACAGGGGAGAAACCAUUUGGGUGCCAACUGUGCCGGGCCAGUUUUUCACAAUCAUCCAGCCUGAACAGGCACCAGAGAGUCCACACAGGGGAGAAACCCUACAGCUGUCCCCAGUGUGAGAAGAGGUUCUCCCACCAGCACCAUUUGAAGGUGCACCUGAAGAUCCACACGGGAGAGAGGCCAUUUGCCUGUACGCACUGCGGGAAGAGGUUCUCAGAGAGGAGAUAUCUCAGGAUACACCAGCAGCAAAUGCACACGGCCCAUGUAUAGUGACAUGUAGUACUAGUUAGUUUGUAGUUAAUUCUGUUGGUUUUGGAUGUAAUAGGGAACUGUAUGAGGUGAACUGAGGAAAGAAUAAGUAUGAUGAGGUAGAGUAGAUGAUGGUGUCUGUAAAAAUGUUUCACUGAUUUUAGACUAACAAUAUUGUCCUGUUGUUUUGAUGAUGUUUUGUGAUGAGGAAAUGAUUGGGCCUUACGUUGACUUGACAUGAAGUAGUGAAGCUGUGUGUAAUGUUGAACCUUUUCCAAAGUAAUCUAAAAUGUAUUUUAUCAAAGCGAGGGUUCCAGAUUUACAGAAAAGGUAGUGUUCACUUUUCUCACUUUUCUACUUGUCACAUAUCGUUUUUUUACAAUAAAAGUACUGAACUUCACGUACAUUGAAAUGAAAUACAAAAUUGACUCUGUGCUGACUGACUUGGUUAUUUUUUGGUCAUUGCAGGGACUGAGUUUUCCUUAGCUCAGUCAGACCAAAACAUACUUAAUUCUUAAAUUAACACUUUUGGAUUUUUUUUUUACAAUAAACUCUAAUGGCUCCAUAUUGUUGGGUACUUGAAUCACACUAUUAGAGAUGGGCUUGACUGUGGUUAACAUUUUAUAGUAUCAUGUUAUGUUUGUGUGUACAGCAAAGAGUUUCUUAUAUAAACCUUUAUGCUUUUCUGUUCAAUGUGUUUUACAGUCUGCAAUCCGUGAGGACCUGCUGAUAUCUAGUGUUGCUGGCGGGAGAGACUGUACCACUGAAGUGGCUGGCCACAAUCCCUGACCCCGGACAAAGCCUUCCCUCUUCCUUCCACAGUCGGAACAAGGACCCAACCGUAAGUGACAGAGACUUCAACACCACCACAAAGAACACAACCAGUGGACAGAACAACCUCAGUCCUGGUGGUCAUCAGAGAGACAGAGACUCCAGUCAGGGAUUCAGUCUCAGUGCAUGGUUACCCCACAAAUACAAACAGGGGCAGGAUGAGCAUUCACCAUGAGGUACCUAGCCUAUAACACAGCACACAAUACCAACAACACCCAAACAAUGGCUAGAGGUCAAGGAGGGAGCUCAAAGACUAACCCCCUGAAAGUGAUGGCUCCUGCUUCUACCUCCUCUGGUGUCAUUGGGUCACAACGUGGGAGGCUGAACAUUUGGACGGAUGCUGUCAAGCCGUACGCCUGCCCCACGUGUGGGAAGCGUUUCACUGAGGCAAACUAUGUGAAGAGGCGCCAGACCGUUCACACCAAGGAGAGGCCCUUCAAGUGCAAACUGUUACAAGAGCUUUGCCUUACUGAGUAACCUUAUCAGACAUAGGAGUGUCCACAAUGGGGAGAAAUCAUAGCAGUGUGGCUUGAGAUGUACACAGGGGAUGUCUGGGAACUAUUCUUUAGCUAAAAUAUUAUAGUUAUCAUGUGAAGUGUCUUGGGGUUACAGUGUAAUCAACCACAUACCCCUCAUUAACCAUUUGAAACAGGCUUGUGUAAAUAUCUGUUCUUAGAGAGACAGUAAACCUAGGCUAGAACAGGACAGUUUAAUAUUUACCUUACUGAGGUGAUGUAGAUGAGAUUGUAGCGGUAUUAAUUAGAGAAGGGUAAAGAAGAUUUGGUUCGGGCGCCAGGCAGGUAUUAACCAUGCCAAAAGAAAAAUAGUAGAACAGUGAGAGUACCACUACCAGACCCACACACAUCAGCAGAAGAGACUGCCUAGAGUGUAGCCUGUUGACCAGAUAGCCAGCGGAGAGAAAAAAGAAUACACACCCUAUAGAUCCCACAUCACAGCACAGUCCUUCCACAAUUCUUGGUAACCCCACCAAGCAUACCUCAUAUAAUAAUCAUAACAUAACAUUACACUUCUAAACAAGUCUACUCUGAGCUUGAUACUGAUGAAUAGGUUUGAUAUGUAAUGUAAUAAGCAGUACAGUACCUUAUUUCAAAGAACAGUGAGCAUACUUUUUUUUUUAAACACCCUUUGCGCUAUGACCCCAACCAACAAGAUUCUUGAAGAAAGCCGUCGGUGGGACGGCAGAAGCGCAAGUGCUGUUUAAAGCUGAAAGUGCGUCGAGCAUAGUAGUGAGAAGGAUGAGUGGACAACAGUGAAGUCUAAGAAUGGAACGAAAAGUGCUAAAAUUGUUGUAGUAAAUCAGUCUGAUGAAUCGAUUCUUUUUGGAGUAAGGAUUUUAAUUUGAGAAACCCUUUUGAAGUCAGGAUGGUGAAGGAGGUGCUGGGAAAAGUGGAUGCAGUCAAUAAGCAGGACUGGUAUAUCUAAUGAGCGAAAUUUCGCGAGCCAUAAUGCACGCUCCUUAUCUACUAAUGAAGUGGACAGCUUUGAUUUUCGGAACAGGGCAACGGUAAAAGUAUAAUCUCUGGCAUCCCAACAUUAAAAUCUCAGGCUGAAAAUUCCAGGAGUAGUUCAUGUACGUCGCUUGACCAGUAUGGUGGAUGGGGAAAACCGAGCAAAUUUUAUCCGUAUUACUGUUGUUUAAUUGAGUAUCUCCCGAUCUAUGAAAAGCUGGGAUAUAAACCCAGCAAAAAAACAUCCCCUUUUCAGGACCCUGUCUUUCAAAGAUAAUAUGUAAAAAUCCAAAUAACUUCAUUGUAAAGGGUUUAAACACUGUUUCCCAUGUUUGUUCGAUGAAUCAAACAAUUAAUGAACUUGCACCGGUGGAACGGUCGUUAAGACACUAACAGCUUAGAUGGUAGGCAAUUAAGGUCACAGUUAUGAAAACUUAGGAC